CGAAACAACCCUAAAACGUGUCUAUGAGGUUGGAGAAGAACUGACCCUCACAUGUGAGCAAGGGUACCUGCCUUCAAUGCCAACGCCGGGGAGAAUAACCUGCACCGCCACAGGAGAAUGGACGCCGUCAAACCUGGCAUGUUCCCCCAAGAUGUGCCCGAUCCCCCGGCCUCUGCAGCCUCUGGCGAGGGGCAGAACAGAGGCUCCAUACAAGAGCGUGCUGAAUUUCACAUGUGACGACGGGUAUGUAAUGAUAGGAGCCAAUGAAAGCAGGUGUUUGCAUGACGGUUCGUGGAGCAGUCAGCCUCCUCUGUGCAAAGCUGUGAACUGUCCCCUCCCCACGCCUCCAAGAGAUGGUAAGAUUGUUCACGAUAGGCCGGUCAGCGGGUCGAACACCAUUUAUGGUCAGACCUGGACGUAUGAGUGCAAUUCGCCUAAAGCACCAAGCCAUGAGAGAGGAUCCUGCAUGGCUGAUGGGACUGUGACUGAGCCACCUGAGUGUCGAGAUGUGAGCUGCACCAUCCCGACCAACAUAAAGAAUGGCUUCAUCACCUUUGCUGUAAUGAGGCCGCACGGCUACAAGGAGAAGGUGAAAUAUGCCUGCAAUGAACACUACACUCUGGUCGGAGAGCCUGAGAUACAGUGCCAAAACACUGGAAACUGGUCCUCCAAGCCUGUCUGCAAGGCUCCCUGCACAGUUGGCAUCAAAAGAGGACGUAUCUUCUACAAUGCCAGAAAGAUCUGGAUCUCAGACCUGAAGCCAAAUCGGAUUCUCCACGGAGAACACGUUGCCUUCUACUGUCUGAACAGAGCCGAGCGGUGCGGCUACCCCGUGGCCACCACCUGCAAUGAUGGAAACCUCCCCAUCCCCGAGUGCUUUGUGGAACCGGGGAAAGUGGAGUACAACUUAAGGUCGAAGAAUCUUCCAUCAGAGAUCACGAUGUGUACGUCUCUCCCUCCUGCAAGUCCAGCAAACACAACGAGACCCGCAUAACUUCUGACUGGAAGGAUUAUCUGAU